AAAUUACAGUUCAUCCAGUGCAAGAGGAAACUUGCGCUAUGAUUUUCACUGUUCCUGAAGAGUAGAAGAAUCGUUAACCAACAACAACAGACCCAAAAACUCAAGCUUGUUUAGAUCUCUCUCACCAUUCGAUCCAAGGGUGUUCACCAAAUACUCACCAUGAGCGAGGUCUUCGAAGGUUACGAGCGCCAGUACUGCGAGCUCUCUGCUAAUCUCUCCCGCAAAUGCAGUUCCGCGUCUCUUGUUUCUGACCAAGAACAGAAGCAGCAAAAGUUUUCUGAGAUCAAAGCUGGACUAGAUGACGCUGAUGUUCUGAUUCGGAAGAUGGACCUUGAGGCAAGAAGUUUGCAGCCAAGUGUAAAAGCAAUGCUUCUUGCAAAGUUGAGGGAAUACAAAUCCGAUCUAAACAUGUUGAAAAAGGAAUUUAAACGGUUAACAUCACCUACUGCUGAUCAGGCUGCCCGUGAAGAUUUGUUGGAGGCUGGAAUGGCAGAUGCACAUUUGGCAUCUGCUGAUCAGAGAGAAAGAUUAACUAUGUCAGUAGAGAGAAUCAAUGAUUCGAGUGAGAGACUUAGGGAGAGCCGAAGAACAAUGUUGGAGACUGAAGAAAUUGGUGUCUCAAUACUUCAAGAUUUACACCAGCAGCGUGAGACUCUCCUGAACUCCCAUAAGAAGCUUCAUGGGGUAGAUGAUGCUAUCGACAAGAGUAAGAAGGUUUUAACGAGCAUGUCACGAAGAAUAACUAGAAACAAAUGGAUCGUUGCAUCUCUGAUUGGAGCUCUUGUUCUUGCUAUAGUUGUUAUUCUAUUUUACAAGCUAUCUCAUUAACUAAUAAUAAUAUGCACAAGAUACGACAGGGUGCAAGCUAUCUUUUAUGCUUGUAUGUGCUUCGUUGUAUAUAGGAGCCAUUUGUGAUGCUUUUCAGUGAUAUCUUGCUGUUUAUGCUUUUUUUUUUUUUUUUUUUUUUCGAACUGAAAGAGCGUGUACUUGAUUCAAGUAUUUUGUUGAUGUAUACUCAUUUUAUGACAAGAUGCUUUGCAAGCAUUUUUUAUGA